CAACAGGGAAUAGACAUCACACUGACAGGACAGUAUGCUGAUACAUGUCUUCGCUACCGUCUGUUAUUUACUUAUAUUGAAUGUUGGACCAGGAUCCGCGGAAACGGUUUGUGAUUCCUACGGAGCCAUACAACAGCUCCAGUGUCUAGGAAUGAGGGGCCCAACUGAAGAAGAACUUUCACAAGCGUUUAACGGUGAAUAUUUCACUAGAGAUGGAGUGGAAAUGCUUCUUCACGUCUGGUGUAGCUCACUGCUGCAAUACAGGCACUGCAUUUCGACCAACACCAAGCAAUGUACGAACGUGGAAGAGCUGCAGCAACUGAGUCUAGAGAACGGAGGACUGUGUACAGCCGAUGGUUCAGUCGAUCCGCAGGUGCAGCCGUAUGUGCAGAGAUACACACAGGCUGCGAUCAUGGGAGAUUGUGCGGAAUUCUGGGGAAAUUUAUUUGCUUCGUGCUAUCCACGUGGAAACAGCGAGAUACCGGAUAGACCAGAUCCUUCAUUGAACAUCGCCCAGGGUAUAGCUUGGUGGACAAGAACACGGACUGACACCAUUCGCUGCAUCGUGGACAAAGAAACUCCGCCUCUUCCAGACAGUUGUGUGGGAACGUCAUCUACAGACGCCAAGAUCUUCGCAAUACUCGACAACCUAUGGUCGGAACCCUAUGGUGUCGGAGCCCAUGUCGACAUAUCGGCGUUUAUUGACCAACUUUAAUUCCUUCGAAAUAUAAUGUUAAACUGUAUCUCCCCUGUCUAAAUAAAAUCAUGAUUCAACAUC